CCGCAAACCGUAGACGCUUCCAAAGAUGGCGGCCGCUCCUGUCAGUGUGGAGUGAAACUUUGCUAUUUUUAGUCGGAUUUCCUCCAUUCUGGGACAAAUUCGGCCAACUGCUGUCGUCUGUUUAUCACAGUAAGUGUUUUCUAGACACGGAGACGUUUGGUGGUCGUCGUCAGGACCAAGCGGCGUCGCUGUGAGCUCCGUUUUCGGUCGGCAAACCGUCGGGCUUCCCUGGAAGUUGAGAGGCUGACAUUGCGAUCGCACCGACCGCUGCUGUCACCGGAUUCACCGCCGAACCGACGGCUGAGACCGGCCCGUAGCUAGCUAGAUCCCCGGCCACAGGGCGUCGAAAACCACUCGGCUUGUUUCCACUGAGCUGGAUUCCGCGUGGGAAGAGGAAGGUCGGAGAUCCUGAGGACGUGUCAGUGGAAAUAAAGAGGUGGUGUUGGAUGUCACCACCGCUCAGUGUCGCACCGAAUCUGGUUUGCUAGCCCCGUCCAUCCUGGCAAAUCAAAUGGAGAAGCUCCAGGAUCUCAGCCAAUCGGAGCUGCAGGAGCUGCUGGACAACCCGGAGAGGGUGGAGUCUAUGGCGCUGGAGUCCGAUGAGAUCCAGAACAUCCAGCUGGAAAGAGAGAUGGCGUUGGCGUCGAACCGCAGCCUGGCUGAGCAGAACCUGGACAUGAAGCCUCGUCUGGAGACACAAAAGGAGCUGCUGGUGGAGAGAUAUUCUCAGCUGGAGGCCGUCAGAGAAACCUACAGACAACACAGCUCCCUGAGAGAUGGGAUGGUGGGCCAGGUGUCUCCACAGGCGUUGUUCUCCAGACUACAGACAGAGGGCGGCAAAACGGAGGCAGAGUCAGAGGCUCUAGCCGAUGAGUUUCUGGACGGGUCUCUGCCGUUGGACUCCUUCCUCGACCGUUUCCUCUCCCUGCGCUCUCUCGCCCACAAAAGACGUGUGCGGAUAGAGAAACUCCAGGAGAUCCUGCGACAGAGAAGCGAGAGCACUUCCGCCGCCAUGACGUCAUCAUCGGGCGUCAUCAGCCAGGACGCCGCCUCCACGCCCUCCCCGUGGAAUCAGCACACGACGACGGCCUCCACCACCAAUCAGCAGCAGCCGAGCUCCAAACCUCCGUCCUCCAGCUACCAGAACGCCUCUCAUCCAGCCUCAUCGUCUGCAGGGGCAUCCUCUGGGCUGCCCUACAGCCCCUACCCCAUCUCCCCGCCGAACCCUCCCCCUGCGGCAGCGGCGGCGGCCAUCCCGGCCAACCCACCGUCACAGUUCCCUCCUUACCCAGGUUCAGGCUCGCCCUUCAACCCAACAGGGAGCUACUCCGGCCCAAGGCCCGCUUUUGGGCCUCCAGCCUCAGCCGCCUGUCCUUACCCAACUCAGCCCUCCUUCCCCGCCCCUCACGGAGGCUCAGCGUUCGGCCAGUACACCCCCAACCACCCCCAAAGCGGUCCUGCCCCCUACCCGGCCUCCUACAGCUACGGGGGCUACAGCUACCCAGCAGGGCCCGCCUAUUCCAAUUCUCAGUCGCCAACGGGGAGACCCAUCUACAGACCAGGAUAUGGAGUUCCACAGCAGUACUCUUGAAAGCACUAAAGCUCCUGUCUCUCAGUUCUUCUGAGUUUCCUCCCUCUUUGCUGUUUCACCCUUUUCACUUUCCUCCCUCAGCUCCACUCUCCUGACCCUAACUUCUUCCUUUCUCCUGUGCUCCCACACUCCAGAGGUCUCUUGCUUUACUUCUCUUUGUUGCACUAUUUCUCUCUUUCUCCAAUGGUCUGUCUCUCUUUCCUUUCCCCUUCCAGUGUCAUCCUCACUCGCCCUCACUAGUCUCAGGUUGUUGCGUUGUGUUUAAGUGUUCAAACACUUUAUCCGGCCCUUCAUGCGCUCACUCUUACCUCUCCUUUCAUUUCUAGUGUGUGUAUUGCUCUUUGGCAAUCAGAAAGUCCUUAUAAACACACAAGUGCACUCCCCUUUAUGAAAAAUACGUGACGAAUUCAGUCUUUGUAACACUACGUCAGUGUCAGAUAGCCGACUGAACGAGUCCGUCUGUGGCUCCUGUUGGAAGGUUUGACUUUUAUCACUCACGGGCUCCAACAAAUGGAUUUAAAAUGGAAAAGCAAAUGACUGACACAAAGUAGAACUCUUGUUUAAUGAUUAACGUGCAUGAUUGUGUGGGGUCUGUAACUGGUCGGCAGUGGGAAUCCAGAAUCACAAAGUCACACUUUACUUUCUUUAACCUAAGAAGCUUCUGCUGAUGGCAGUGAUUCGCUUUGCUCCUUUCCUCUGAUUUAAUCCUAACAGGAAGUUAGCUGCAGCUUUGUGUUAGCAUCAGUGUUUCACCACAAACCGGUGCAGUGAAGUUUGUUCUUCACAUUGAUCUUCACAUCGAUCCACUUAUUUUUAUGUUCAUAGUUUUAAAAAAAAAACCUGCGUGGAAAUGCCAAAAAUUUAGAAAAAAUCUUGAAAUAUCAUAGAAGACGUUUUUAGACUUUGUUGUGGAAAAAUUCAUAAAAGCAAUAUGUGACCAAGUGCAAUAGAAACAGAUGAAAAGAACUCCUAAUGUUCAGCAGUGAAUAGAAAUGGGAAUCUACUUGGAUUGUCUUGGAUUGUCUUUGGCAAAUUUUCUCAAAAUUCAUAUAAAAUUUUCCCCUUCAUAUCUGGACCGCUAGCUGUUCGCACUGCUAGUUGGGGAACUACUGUAGCUGGAGCAUGCUAACGCGCUAGCUAGCUGGGAAUCAGAACUGUGAGCUGGGUUUUUUUAGUUUGGGCCACCUGUUAUUUAGUUCUCAGGAUUGUUCAUCAUUUAAGAAAGAGUUACUGAAGAGGAAAAACAGGGAAGAAAACAUAUGUUAGCUAACAGGACGAAGGUGUACGCUGUAACCCAGAGGUGUCCAGCUCAGUUUAGUUCCACAUUCAGCCCAGUUUGAUCUCCAGUGGGCCGGACCUGUUUUACUAUAUGAUCAAAACGACAAAAGUCAGAUAAAAAAAGACAUAAAACCCAACCAAAACAAGACAUAAUAUUGCAAAAAUAAGACACAAAAUGUAAAAAAAGGGACAAAUGACAAAACAAGAGACAAAAAAAUUAGACAUACUAAUUACAAAGCGACAAAAAAAUGGACAAAUGACAAAAAUGAGACAGAAAAACACAAAACGGCAUGCAAAGCAAUGAAUAAAGCAAAACACAAAAUGACAACAAUAAGACAAAAAACACAAGCGAGACACAAAGGAAACACGAAACAACAAAAACAUGAGACAAAUGACAAAAGUCAGACAAAAAAAGACAAAAGCAAAUUUUUAUUAAAGUGAGACAAAAUGACAAAAACAAGACACAAAACACAACAAAAAAAGACAAAAAAUUUGAUCAAAAAAUUACACAGCAACAAAAAAAAUGGACAAAUCCCGAGACAAAAAAAACAAAACGACAAAGACGAGAAACAAAACGAUAGAAACAUAAGACAAAUGACAGAAGUCAGACAAAAAACAGCAAAAACAAGACACAAAGCCACAAAAAAUCUAGUCUAGAAGUGAUUUUAAAUUUAUAGUUUUACUAAUUUACAAUCUGCAGUUAAUGUCUUCUGUGGAAUUUUUACACUUUGAGGGCCGGAUUGGACCCUUUGGAGGGCUGCUUUUGGCCCACGGGCCGCAUGUUGAACACCCCUGUUGUAAACCUUCUCCCAACUACAAACUAUUCCCCUGUUGUCGGUUUGGCUACUGAUAAACCACUUUCUAGGCCCUCCUGUGUCUAAGUCUCCAAAAUAACCCACUGUUCUGAUUCUAAUAAAUGUCAGUGAAGAUUUGAAGAAGCAGCAUUAAAUAUUGUCUUUGCAUCAGGCAGACCCAGAAACAUGAGUUUCCUCUUUGCUCUGGUUUUGGUCCUGAGCUAUUUACUGCUACGUGGAGCAUCGGCAGAGUUUUCUUCACUGAAAACUGCCGUUGUCUUAAAAUACUGUUGCACUGAGAGGAAUAGCAGAACUUGAAAGUGAUUUUUUUUGUGGAUUCAAUACAGCAAGCAGCACCUUUUCCAUUAUGCAUGGUUCUCUGAUGCUCUAAAAAUAGAGGGUGGUGCAGCUUGGAUGAGUCAUGAACAACUCUACUGGUGCAUAUCCCUACCGAGAGGUGUCGCUGUUUCUUUACUGAGACGUUUGUACAUUUUUACAAAAUUUGCUGCUGUCAGAAACAGAUCUUUGACAGAGUAUACAUGACUCAACUUAAACAGCUAAAGGACACAUUAGAUCGCGUAACCCAGGGGUGUCCAACUCAAUUUAGUUCCACAUUCAGCCCAGUUUGAUCUCCAGUUGGCCGGACCAGUUUUACUAUAUGAUCAAAAUGACAUAAGUCAGAUAAAAAAGACAUAGAAACAACAAAAACACGACAAAAUAUUACAAAAAUGAGACACAAAACAUCAAAAAAUGAGACAAACGACACAAAAUUAAACAAAAAGACAAAAAAUUAGACAAGUUACAAAACAACAAAAAAAUGGAUAAAUGACAAACGAGACCAAACAAAACGGCAUGCAUAACAAAGCAAAACAUAAGAUGACAAAAUAAGACAAAAACCACAAGCAAGAAAAAAAGGAAACAGAAAAUGACAAAAAGGUGAGACAAACGACAAAAAUUAGACAAAAUGAGGACAAAAACAAGACAUUACAAAAACGUGACAAAAUGACAAAAAAUCAGAACAAAACAAAGAGGCAAAAAAGUGACAAAGUGAAAAAAAUGGACAAAACGACAAAAACGAUACAAAAAAAUUACACAAAUGACAGAAACGAGACCAAAACUGACAAAAGUGAGAAACUAAACAAAAAAUAGACGACAAAAGAGAGACAAAAAAAACACGAAACGACAUAAACGUGAGACAAACGACAAAAGUCAGAUAAAAUAUGGAUAAAAAAACAACAAAAACAAGACAAAGUAUUUAAAAAAUGAGACACAAAACGACAAAAGAGCACUCUAGUAUUGUACAAACGUAACUCAAUCACUGUAUCAGAGCUGAAGAGCUUUGACCUUAAGGCAUUUUUCCCCUUCAAAUCUCUGGGCUGCCGACAUGUUUGGGGAACUAAAGGGGAUUGGACCAUUUCCAGUGCUAAGAACAGGAAAUAGUUUUUAGUUGGUUAGAAGCGUUAGAUGUGAAAUGUAGACGGUCUAAUGAAGGUGUAGGAGGAGUUCUGUGGUCAAACCCUACCUGAAGACACUGAUGCUUGCCCAAACCUUCGUCGUUGACACGCUAAGUUGAACACACAAACGCGUUAAACAUUUGUCCACUGCAUUCUUCUUGUUCCCCCAGAGACUCAUCCCUUCUUUGUCUUCCCCUUCCUCCCGUCCAUCCCUCUCUUCUGUCCAUCCCUGCUCGUUGAAGACGAACUGAUGAUCCCAGAGGAAAACAGUUUGACUUCCCUUCCAUUCGCACUAUGAGUGAGAAUAAGUGUGGCAUGUGUAGUUUAAUGGAGUGAACAUAUCAAGGCUGGCCGUCAGUUUUGUGUCGAUUCAAUCAAUUCAAAUAAAAUUGCAACUGCAGUGAUGUGA